GCUCUUUCUGAGUGAGCGACGAAGAAGAACAACUUCCGCCUUCGUGCUGAGACAGACAGGAAAUAAACAAAGCGGAUAAGCUGCAAGGAGGGAAGCGGUAACCAAGAAGUACAGCGCUGCUCAAGAUCUGCGGCUGAGCACUGAUCCCUUAUCAUGAUGACAGCGAAGAGGCUUGACAGCUUCGAGGUGGUCUGUGAGUGGGCUUCCUGCAGCUUCAAGGGCCACAGCAUGGAGGAGCUGAGCGACCACAUGUUUCUGCAUUUGAGGGAUUAUCUGGGAGACAAGGAUGCCCUGGAGGAGCUGGAUGAGUUUGCUUGUCUGUGGAAUGGAUGUAAAUUCCUUUCCAUGGGCAGCCCUACGCAGCUGGAGGUUCAUGCAUAUUUCCACAACUACCACGGGAAGCUCAAGUUCAUUGGGUCACAGUUGCUGAAGUCUCGCCCCGACCUCCCCAGCUGCAACCAGGGUGUGCACAGCCACAAUCUAUUGGCAGAGUGCUCAGAGGGAUAUGUUUGCCAGUGGGAGCAUUGUGAUAGCACAUUUAACAAUCCAGAGUGGUUCUACCGCCAUGUGGACAAUCACGUAGAAUGUGCCGAGCAGCAGUGUAUUUCCCAGCAGCAGGCGCUCUUCUGCAGCUGGGCAGGGUGCGACGCCUUCUUCAAGAUCAGGUACCGACUGAGGGAGCACCUGCGGAGCCACACUCAGGAGCGAAUCGUGGCCUGUCCUACAUGUGGCAGCAUGUUCUCCAGCAACACAAAGCUGUUCGACCACCUCCAGAGGCAGGCAGAGCCCAUAGAGUCCCUGGUGUGUGAACAUUGUGGCAAAGCUUUUCCCAGUGAGAGGCUCCUGAGGGAUCACAUUCGCCAGCAUGUGAAUCAGGUCAAGUGUCCCUUCUGCGAUAUGACCUGCACCACGUUAGCGGCUCUGAAGAUCCACAUCAGGUUCCGCCACUGUGAUGAUCGACCCUUUCCAUGUGACUUCUGCGACAAAAGCAGGUUUAAAAACCAACGUGAUCUCCAGAAACACACAGAUGUUCACAAUGAGGGCACCGUGUACCGCUGCACAGUGGAGGGGUGUGAAUAUUCCUGUUACACACUUCAAACCAUGAACCAACACUUCAAGAGAGUUCAUGAGGCUGGUGAGAGGUCUAAGUAUAAAUGUCACAUCUGUGAUAAGGUCUUCUCCUGGUGUUAUACUCUCACGCUUCACCUCCGCAAGAAGCACGAACUGAAGUGGCCCUCUGGACAUUCUCGCUUCAGAUACAGGAAAGAUGUAGAUGGUUUCCUGAAAGUAAACAUGGUGCGCUUCGAGACUGUCGAGGUGACGAAGGAGAUCAUGAAGAAUAUGGCCAAAAAGCCACGGAACCUCCGGCAAAGUCAGAGAUCCAACAGUGCGAAGAAGAGGGCCGCAGUCGCAACGGAGAGCAGCUGGAGCUCCCCAGCGGGCUCCUCCUCACUCUCCUCUAGCUCCUCUUCCUCAUGCUCCUCAGACCUCUCUGGAGGGGAGGAAGCUUCGUCCCAGCACAGCCCCAGAGGUGGAGACUCACCCGUCUACUGCAUGAUGACCACAAUUCCUCACAUUGAGGACGAGCACGGAGGAAUGUCGCAGGACAGCUCUGACGGCGGCGGGUCUUCUGGUGCCGUCCAGGCUCUGACGGAAGUCGCGAGGGGUCUCGGGAUGGACGUGGUUUAAUUGCUCGGAAACGUCCCACUGAUACUCUUAUGUAGUGGCGUUUUAUUUUUUUAUUUAGUGUUUUUAUCCUUAGAGCCGUAAGGACCAGUAGUUUUAUUUUUAGCACUGGCUAUAUUUUAGCUACCCUAAAGGGAUCCCUUAACUUAAAAACUACUUUUAAUUUCUGGGGACUUGUUGAGAUUUCUGACUAAGCUUUUAUGAGCAAAGCUGGAAAAUGCACUACUAUACUUAAGCACUUCUGGGAAACGUCCUCCACCAACAGUCAGUCCAUUUUAUUUAGAUAUUUGCUCGUCUAAAGAUUUUAUUUUUUGUAUCAAGGUAAAAUAUUGUCCAAUGUUAUUCUUUUAAAUUUUAAAUAUAUUUAUAGAAAUGUAAGCCUCUCUUGAUUUUUUUACUUUGGUGCACACUGAAAUAUUUUACCUGUUGGUUGGAUUUUACAAAGUGAGAUAAUUAGAAUCCAAUACUGCAAUACACCAAAUUUCUCUUUCGGAAGGUCAUUUAUUUUUCAUUUUCGACUAAAGCUUAAAGUUUUUAACGAACUGUGCAAAUGUUUUAAGCCACUUCUAACAUCUUUCUAUUUUGCUACCAAAUAAGCAGACGUUCCUGUUAUCUUUUAGAGUGGUCCUGAUCAGUAAGUCUUUUGAGCGUUUUCUUAUUUUUUUUUUACUUUUAUCUUCAGUUGUUGUCUGAUCUUAGCAAUGACUUUGUGUGCGGAGUGGUUAUUUAAAUAAGAAGAAAAACCAUCCAACAAAGACCUGAUGAAGAACCUAAGAGAUGCUUCAUCCUCCAUUCAGUCAUCUGCUGUUUGUCAAGUUUUCAACUAAUGGCUCUUCAGUAAUUACAUUUGUUGGAGCUUAAAACUAUUUUAUGUCCAUUAGAUUUUUGACAUUUUUAAAUGUUCAAUCAAACAACCUGGUGUGUAAUCCUCUAAUGUCUGUGGUGCUGUCAAAGUCUUUUGUUACACUUAAAUUUUUAUAUCGGUAAAUGCAAAAUACAUAAAGGAUAUUAAGAAUAAAAAGCAGCCUAAACCAUC